UCAUUAACAGGGAUGUAAACACAAACAUUUAGAAAAAUAAGCUUUUUGUGCCUAUGGAACGGUUCUGCAAUAGAUCACCUGGUGAAGAUUCAUGCGUCGUUUCCAUGGAGUUGUUUUUACACGCUUGUUGUUGAUUGGUCAAAGGAAAUAUGGCCGCAGAAUAAACAUUCACAGCGAUUGGAUUUUGGUGUUUGUUGAUUAACCAAUGAAAAUAGGUGCUUUGUACAAACUGACGCAUGUCCAGGAAGUUUUGAGGUUUGUUUGGGGGUGAAAAGUCUGGGAUAUUCUUAAUAUUUUCUUCGAAAUUUACAGAAUAAAUUUUUGGAAGCAAGCAAACAUUUAACUAUUUUGAAGUUUGCAUGUUUGUUAUUUACAGAACAUUGUUGAACCCCUGACUGAGCCAACAUGGAUUCCUCUCCAGUACUGCGUCAGCAAUGUCAGAACACAGUCCUGAACGACCAUUCAAGUCUCAACAGAAUGACAGCAGACACAAAGCCAGGCUCUAAACACCCAUCUGUACCCCGUCCUUCCAAACACCUCUCUGUACCCCAUCCUUCCAAACACCCCUCUGUACCCCAUGGCCAUCCUUCCAAACCGGGGCCUGAGAACAAGGACCCAGCAGCAGCCUCAGACGACGGUCCUAAACUCACGAUAAGACCGCUGGGCAUCAGCAGGCUCCCAGUGCUGGCCAAGUCCCUGCCCCUUAAGACUCCCUCUGACUUCACGCGGUCACACAAGAGAUGGGAGGACAACUCUCUAGCGGGUAAAGCCAAGAGGAUGAAACCAAGCACCAAGCCUGUGCCUUUCAACUUCUCUAAUCUCAAGGCCAACCGAAAGGGGGUACAGAACCAGAGGGGACCGCUGGCUGCUACUGCAAGGGCUGGUGCUCAACCAACCCAACCUAAAAGUACUUUUAGCAAUGCUGCCCAUCUAAAAACAAGACCCACAAUAACCACUACCCAACUGCCCAGUAGCAUCCCAGCCAAUCAUAACAAGGCCCAAUCAAAGUCAACAAUAGCGCUUGCUGCUCAUCUAAAAACAAGACCCACAACAACCACUGCCCAACUGCCCAGUAGCAUCCCAGCAACUCAUAACAAGGCCCAAUCAAAGUCAACAAUAGCGCUUGCUGCUCAACUAAAAACAAGACCCACAACAACCACUGCCCAACUGCCCAGUAGCAUCCCAGCAACUCAUAACAAGGCCCAAUCAAAGUCAACAAUAGCGCUUGCUGCUCAACUCCCAACAAUUGCACUACACUUGGCAGCUAGAAAAGCAGGCUCAGGGCCUGGCGGGAUCUUGUCACAGCAAAAUAGAGAGUUGGGGAAGCCUCAUCAGACCCAGGCUCCCAGUGCUGCCACCUCCAUGUCUUUGUCUCAACAUCCCAAACAGUCUUCUUCAGAAACUCUAUUGCACGUACCUGGAUUGGGACAACUUUCCAGACCUCCCAGUUCAUUUGCUCUCGGCUCAGGUCUUUCGUCCAGUGCUUUCUCAUUUAGUAGUGCCUCCACUGCCUCAGCCCAGCCCACUGCCCUCAGUACGGAAGCCUGUGGUGGCCAUUUUGACAUGCUCAGCAUGAAAGAUCCUUCCAUGCCUGGGCAGUUACCAAGUAGUAGCACUGGGAGUGUGGAGGCUGCCUUCCACUCUGACCCCUCUGCCCUAUGUAGUAUCCUCCAGAAUGAGGGAAUCGGUGCAGCCAGGGUUUUUAUGUCCAGCCGUCCCUCUACACAAGCCUAUAACAACAUGCCCCAGAGAGUGUCCAUCAUGAAGAAUGGUCUGAGGACAGUGCCCUCUGCUGGUCCUGUCAGGAAUGUAAAGUUGUCUCCGGCCCUGGGCAACAUCCUGCAAACUGAAGGGGUCGGCUCCCCUCUGGAGCUGGAGAGGGUAUCUGUCAUGAAGAGUCACCAGACGACAGCAGCUUCUGCAGGUCCCGUAAGGUCUGUUCAGUUCUCCCCUGAGCCUUCAUCCCUCAACAGCAUCCUGCAGGAUGAAGGGGUCAGCUACUCUCUCCAGCCCCAAAGAGUGUCUGUCAUGAAGAGUCACAAGAAGUCAGCAGCCUCUGCAGGUCCAGUACGGCGUGUUCAGUUCUUCCCAGAUGCUGCAGCCCUCGGCAGCAUCCUGCAGAAAGAAGAGGUGAAGGCUGGGACACCCCUGGAAGCCACACCCCAGCGCACCUCUGUCUGUCCAUCUGGCAGGGGCACCUCCAUCUACACUGCACAGCGAGUACCCAUCACAAAGUGGCACACUGAAGCUCCUGGAGAACCUAUGGUGACAUCAAUCAGCCUGACCCCAGCCUUAAAGUGGACACCCCAGCGGGUCCCUGACACAAGGCAUCAGCCCAUGUCCAUGGAGGUUGUCCAGACAUUGUUUAAGGAGACUGAGGAGGAAGAACAGACAGACUGUGUGGUGUUGGAUCAAGACCCUGCUGAGACACGAGCAGACCAACAGCUGGCGAAGGAGGAGAAGCAAAGUAACACAGGAGGACGACUCCAGACUUUCUUCCAAGCCGCACACAGAGAAUCAGUCAUUUUCUUCUCAACUGGCAAGAAGCUGCACAGACCAGCUCCAGCACAUGAACAGGAGAGCCCUGUGGCCGGAUUUCUGGAGCGAGGUGGGCCCAUGGAGCAUUGUGCUGCAGGAGGACAGGAGGCGAUGCACCUCCUCCCUCUGCAUCCAAAGUUAGACAGAGCCUCUGCACCAGAAAUCCCGGAAGUCACAGCUGCAGCCACAGAUCUGACCAGGUUGACCAACCUCUCAGCUUUUGUCCCCCUGCGCCAGCCCAGAGGUAGUAUUAUGUUCCCAAAGAGCGGUGCUCUGAGUUCUGCUACAGCCUUGCUCCGCCGGCGCCUCCCUCCUCUGAAGGAGCUACGUCUGGAUGAGGAGGUGGCCACCUACACCUCCUCCUCCUCCCCAGCCCUACCUCCCUCGUCAUCCUGGCCCCUGCAGACCCGCUGUGGAAACCCUGUAGCAGCAGCCCUGCAUCUCCAGGACUACACUUUUUUUCGGCCAAUUAUCUUGGACCCCUCAUCUACUUCCUCCUCCUCUCCUCUCCGGGAGAGAUAAUGACUCAUCACUGUUUUAUGUUUUGAGUCUGGUCUAGUUUACUGAUAAGAAGAGACCCAUAAUGGAUUGUUAAGCUACGUCUUUAAGGAGUGUGUUAAUGUUUGUUUUCCGAACCCUGUUAUAGCCAGAUUUGCUGUCACACUUACAAAAUAUCUAUUACUGCUCCAAGUAGCUACUUUUCCAAAACAUAACAUGUUCAAUAAUGUAUCAAGUUAGAAACAUUUUUACCACAUUGGCAUGCACUGGCUAUAUAAUGCUACUAAUAAUUUUAUUUCUGACAGUAUUACAGUAUGCAAAAUAUCCAAGAAUGAGACAUUUCUACAUUUUGAUUGGAAUCAGAAACUAAGUGAAUGAAUUGAUGUCCAGAAAUCAAAUGUUGGUGGGUACCAGUGAUUGAAAUCUAUGAUUUUGGAGUAGGCUACUGAACCUAUUGGAGUAGGCUACUGAACCUAUUGGAGUAGGCUACUGAACCUAUUGGGAAUUGUUAACUUGAUCAAUGUUGCAAUAAAAUGUUUUUUUUUUUUUUACAGCUUUCAAAAAUACGAAAGUAAAAUUUUCAUUUUUUUUUUAAUGUGUAUUAUGUUUGCAUUUUUUCAUUGUGUGUGUGUAUAGUGACAUAGUUCAACACUAACUAAAUGAGGCCCAAAUCAGAUUGUCUAGAUUUGUUUAUAAUAAAUGUAUAUGAACUUUC